AUGCCUCAGUGGCAUCAGGGUCUCCGGGUUCAUGGCAACUUGAACGGCAGCACCAGCCGCUGGGAAGCCUCUGCCGACAAAUGGAUAUCGACCUCGGACGGGAUGUGGAAUAGUGUUGACAUACCAUGGGAAGGACAUGCCAAGAGAGUAGGUGUCUCGGUCACCGCAUGCUUCGCAAACUUGCAGGGCCAUGUGCAAAAUGUUAGCAUGUCCAGUAAGGUUGAUGGCCACGAACCGAUCCUAGCUUGGGACAGCCCGAAUACCCAGUACACCACGAAUAUCAUUCGGGACCAGUAUUCCAGCAUCUGCAAAGAACCUCCCGGCGGAGACCCUAGCCCGGAACUACUCGAACUUAUUCCGAAGAAAAGUUGGAAGAGUGAGGAUCAUAGACUGUCACUCGACGUAGUCACCUCUCAACUUCCUUUCAUGACACGCAGCCUGCACGACCCCUUAAUCGAUCCAUCGCCCUGUAGGAUGCUACGGACAGGUGGAUAUUCCUCCCGUGCCGUUCAUUACGCACAUUCUGCGCUCUUUCAAGACGUGCUCAGGACGAGCUUGAGCGUACCAGAGGCACUACAGGCCAUCCUCACAGUCACUCAGCAAAUGUCUUACUACGAUACCUUGCCUUACUUUCGGAAUGCUUGGCCAGCGACGUACGCCAUGACAGAGGAAAAACUGAUUCCCGUCCGGUGGGUUGGGUUUGGUAUCAUCGUUGCUAUCAUCGUGUUACACCUAGGCCUCGUUGCAGCUGCCUCUAUUCUGUUUCUCAAGUUGACUACCUGCAGCAGCUUGGGAAAUGUGUGGAUGUCACUAAGCCAGAUUGUGUCAUUGGAGACGGAAGGUCUGAUUCAGGAAGCUACAUUGAAAGAUGACAAUGCAGUUGAGAAGAUGAUUUGGGAAGCAAUAUCCAAAGGUGAUUCGGGGUUGAGGCAGAGGGUUAAGAUAAUGAAGAACGGGCUGAACGGCCGGAAUGAGUUGAGCUCCUUCUAA